AUGCACACAUUAUGUAGCAAUUCUGGGACUUGGAUAUGUGGGCGCUCACCUAGCGGGCUGAGGCCCAAGGUUGAAGGAGGAGGUCGGGCAGGCCUCGGAGGCGCGCUGGGCCGGAGCAGGCCAUGGCGAGGGCGACUAGGCCAGAGCGGGACCCACACGGCGGCGGUCGUCCCUCUCCUCGAUCCCGACUGGAUCAAGGGAGGCAGGGGCAGCGGCAAGGAUCCCGGCGCGGGGCGGAGUCGAGGCGAGGCAAGGCAGGGACCGGCGGGAUCCGGGCGGAGGUCGCCGGAUCUAUUCCCGGCGGCGGUGGCGGGCUCCUGCGUGAGACAAAGGCGAGGUGAGGGAGAGAGAAAGGAGAACGAGGAGGUAGGAGAGGAAGGCAGGGGCAGCGGCGCUCAUCUGCGGCGGGCGGGGCGUCCGAUGGCGAGGAAGGGCGGCGGGGCCGGAGCGGUCGGCGGCCGGCGAGCCUCUUGCCGGCGGCAAACGGAGACGGAGGCAGCGCGGGGCUCCGGCGAAGCGGGCGGUGGCGCCGACGGGAUGGGCCCCGCGGGCCCGAUUUGGGCCGCGCCGGCCGUGGCAGACGGGGGCGGCGCGGGGACAGGUGGCGGCGGUGGAUUGGACGCGGGAGGCGGCUGA